AUGAAUCCGUUCGAGGCCAAUCCUGCCCUCAUCCAACGGGGCUCCCCCGAAGGAGCGGAUACGCCCCUGGUCCUCUUUCAUGACGGCGGGGGCACCAUCGCGUCUUAUUACUGCCUGGGAAAUUUUGGUCGCACGGUGUAUGGUAUCCAUGACCCUCGAUUUCUGGUCAACUUGCCAUGGAAGGGUGGAUUGUCAGAGAUGGCGCGCGUGUAUGCGGAGCUCAUACGCACGAUUAUAUCGCCUGGUGAGAAUGUCAUCCUUGGAGGAUGGUCGUUGGGCGGUCUUCUUGCACUAGAAGUGGCGCAUGUUCUAGAAUCAGAAUCUGAUUCUAUCCAAAAUAGCAUUGGAGUCGUUGGCAUUGUGAUGCUGGACAGUCCCUAUACCGGGCCCGGCCCUGUGACAGAUUCUAACUUCAACAUCCUCUCCAAUCGGCCAUUUUUAAAAUCUACAUGCCCUCCGGAGCUGGCCCUUCUGAUUACACGAUCUAUGAGGCGCGCCGGCCAGAUGGUUGAAAGAUGGAGCGUGCCCAGCUGGACAAAGAAGGGGGUUCGCCCUCCUCCUGUCAUUCUCUUGCGGUGCAUGGAUAUGGUUCCUGUGAGCAAAAAGUCGUCACAGGAGCCGUUAAACUCUAGAGAGAAUGAUAUCUACUCGGUUGAUCGCUACCGUGCCCGGAAUCUUCUCGGCUGGGAAUAUCUAGACCAGCCCGAUUUCAUCCGGGCAGUACUGAACAUACCUGGACACCAUUUCAAUGUCAUGGCGGAGGAGAAUGUCCAGACCACCACGGAAAACUUGAUUUUGGCAUGCAAGAUGCUUUCUCUGGGAAUGUACGGGCGAUAG